AUGGCAGGAGCGGCCUCCGCGCUGUUUCUGCUCGAUAUCAAGGGUCGCGUUCUCGUCUGGCGUGACUACCGUGGCGAUGUCUCCGCCGCUCAAGCCGAGCGGUUCUUCACUAAACUCAUCGAGAAAGAGGGUGAUUCACAGUCAAAUGAUCCAGUUGCAUACGAUAAUGGGGUGACUUACAUGUUUGUACAACAUAGUAACGUUUACCUGAUGAUAGCAUCCAGACAGAAUUGUAAUGCUGCUAGUCUUAUCUUCUUUCUUCACCGUGUAGUCGAUGUCUUCAAGCAUUACUUCGAGGAGCUAGAGGAGGAAUCACUGAGGGAUAACUUUGUUGUGGUGUAUGAGUUACUCGACGAGAUGAUGGACUUUGGUUACCCUCAGUAUACCGAAGCAAGAAUCCUCAGUGAAUUCAUCAAGACUGAUGCAUAUAGAAUGGAAGUUACACAGAGACCUCCAAUGGCUGUGACAAAUGCUGUCUCGUGGAGGAGCGAAGGAAUACAGUACAAGAAGAACGAAGUGAGUGGUUUUAUAUUCAAGAGAAGAACGUUUUGCCUGAUGUGUUUUUGUUUCGCAAAUGAUGACAGCCUGCUCUUGUUUCUCCAGGUUUUCUUGGAUGUAAUUGAGAAUGUAAAUAUUCUUGUCAACAGUAAUGGGCAAAUUGUCAGGUCUGAUGUUGUUGGAGCACUGAAGAUGCGAACUUACUUGACUGGAAUGCCAGAGUGUAAGUUAGGACUGAAUGAUAGAGUAUUGCUGGAAGCGCAAGGACGAGCAACAAAGGGUAAAGCCAUUGAUUUAGAGGACAUCAAAUUUCAUCAGUGUGUUCGGUUGGCCCGUUUUGAGAACGAUAGGACUAUAUCUUUCAUACCACCUGAUGGGGCUUUUGAUCUGAUGACAUACAGACUCAGUACUCAGGUAAAGCCUCUUAUAUGGGUGGAAGCGCAAAUAGAAAGGCACUCAAGAAGUCGUGUAGAGAUGCUCGUAAAAGCUAGAAGUCAGUUCAAGGAACGAAGCACCGCAACGAAUGUUGAAAUUGAGUUGCCUGUACCAACCGAUGCAUCUAACCCCACCGUUAGGACAUCUCUAGGAUCUGCCGCUUAUGCUCCUGAAAAAGAUGCAUUGGUCUGGAAAAUCAAAUCUUUCCCCGGGAACAAGGAGUACAUGUUGAGAGCAGAGUUCCAUCUUCCAAGUAUAACUGCAGAAGAAGCAACACCUGAGCGAAAAGCUCCUAUCCGUGUCAAAUUCGAGAUCCCUUAUUUCACUGUUUCAGGGAUUCAGGUGAGGUACCUGAAGAUCAUCGAGAAGAGUGGGUACCAAGCGCUUCCAUGGGUGAGAUACAUAACAAUGGCUGGUGAGUACGAGCUAAGACUCAUGUAA